AUGAUUCAAAAGCUUUUGCACGACUUUUUUCAAUGGUAUUCGAAACUGAGAAGAUCAUUGAAUGUCACCGAGGAAUCUGAACUUUUUAAACCAGAGGGGAUUUUCCCGCUUGAAUCUUUGCCUAAUGAGUUAUUGGUGAAAAUCUUUAAGAAUAUUACUCACAAAGAUGAUCUGCAAAACCUCUGCCUUACUUCAAGAAAGCUUAACAAUUUAAUCGAUGAAUUUGUUGAGCAUUUUGUCCGCAUCAAGGAGAAUUAUUUGCUACAAAUUGAAGAUGAAAUCCGCUUCGUUUACACAAAAGAGCUCUCGGUGGUCAGCAACUCUAAAUGGGAAUCGUUGCAUCAAUUAGAAGAAAGCCUUAGAGAAUUCUUAUAUCUCGCAAAUACGGAUUGGACAGUAAUCAACUUUAGCAAGAAAACAAUUUUCCCGAAAGAGAUUGUCUCAAAACUGGCCGAUAUUUGUCGCACUUCUCGUUGUCUAUUCGAACAAGUGCGGAUCGAUAUUUGGAGUGAUUUUCAAGUUGAAGAUGAGGAAUUGAAUGAACUGAUCUGGGCAAUGAAACCUCGAACUCUUCAAGUGAACUUUCACGGUUGUUCGGGUCUGAUCAGGCUUCCUAGCUCUACCACGAAAUUCAAUGGCACCAAUUGUUAUAUUGAUUUUCAUCAAAAUGCUCGAAUUCGAGGAUUUAGAGUGGAACACCUGUUGAAUGCCGCUCAAGUCAUCGAGCAACUGCAACAAGGCAGCAUCAAUCUCGAGAAGUGUCAACGAUUUCAUUUCUAUACGGGAAACACUUUUGAACUUCCCAGAGAAAACGAAUGGACCAUUUCCUUAUCAAAUCCUGAAAGAAAGCUUUGGAAAAAAGUCAACUCAGAACUAGAAAUUUUACUAUCAGGUGAGAUU